CUCUUCCCUUCUCUCUGGCCAGCAGCAUGUUUCUCCUGGUCACAAGCCUUGUACUGUGUGAGCUGCUGCAGGCAGCAUUCCUCCUGAUCCCAGAGAAACCGGGUAAGUACGGAAACCUGUGGCUGAACCUUCACUGUGGCCCUCGUUUAGAUGUCUCGCGUCUGCAGACCUACGUGGAUACCUGGGUGCAUUUGCGUUUCAUCUCUAAUGUUUAUGAGGGACCCAAAGUAAAGAGAGAGAGCGUUGUUUGGUCAUCGGCUCUGUCUCUGCUUGCAACUCUUCAGGUCACUAACAAACAAUGUUCGUGCACGUUUCGUGAAGUUUGUCUGCAUGGAGGGGUCACGUUUGAGGUUCACGUGAACACCAGCCAGAGAGCGUUUCAACAAAAACUGCUGUAUCCAAACUCAGGGAGGGAGGGCACCGCGGCCCAGAAUUUCUCCUGCUUCAUCUACAAUGUGGAUUUCAUGAACUGCACCUGGGCGAGGGGUCCCACGGCCCCCCGUGACGUCCAGUAUUUUCUGUACAUACAAAACUCAAAGAGAAGGAGGGAGAUCCAGUGUCCUUAUUACAUAGAAGACUCAGGAACCCACGUGGGAUGCCACCUGGGCAACCUGUCAGGAUUAACGUCUCGCAAUUACUUCCUGGUUAACGGAACCAGCCAAGAAAUUGGCAUCCAAUUCUUCGAUUCGCUUUUGGACACAAAGAAAAUAGUCCCCUACUCACAACCCCUACAGUCCCCUACUUAUGACCCCUGGCGUAACCCUACAGUUUCCUACUCACCACUCUGGCAGAACCGUACAAUCAAUGUUUCUGGUGAUCUGGAAAAUAGAUACAACUUUCCAAGCUCUGAACCCAGGGCAAAGCAUGCUGUGAAGAUCAGAGCUGCAGACGUCCGCAUCCUGAACUGGAGUUCGUGGAGUGAAGCUGCUGAAUUUGGCUCCGACGACCGAAACCCCAGCUCUGUGCACAUUUACGUGCUCCUGAUCCUGGGAACCCUUGUCUGUGGCCUUCUCUGCGGCUUCCUCUUUAAAAGGUUCUUUAGGAUACAGAGACUGUUCCCGCCAGUCCCACAGAUCAAAGACAAACUGAAUGAUAACCAUGAAGUGGAAGACGAGAUUAUCUGGGAGGAAUUCACCCCAGAGGAAGGUAAAGGUUACCGUGAAGAGGUGUUGACCGUGAAGGAAAUUACCUGAGGCCUGCAGGGUGUAGGAAUGGCGUGGACAUCUCCGCCUCCGAGACACUGGGGAACUGUUUUCUUGUUGAUGGUGCUGUGAGGUUUUAUACCAUUUUCUACGUUUUUAUUUAAAAACAUGAUAUUUGGGUCCAGGCACGGUAGCUCGCACCUGUCAUCCCGGCACUUUGGGAGGCCGAGGCGGGUGGAUCACCUGAGGCCAGGAGUUCCAGACCAGCCUGGCCAACAUGCUGAAACCCCAUCUCAACUAAAAAUGCAGAAAUUUACCCAGCCGUGGUGGCGGACACCUGUCAUCCCACCGACGUGGGAGGCUGAGGCAGGAGAAUCCCUUAAACCCGGGAGGCGGAGGUUGCAGUGAGCCGAGAACACGCCAUUGCACACCAACCUGGGUGACAGAGCAAGAUUGCAUCUCAAAAUAAUAAUAAUAAUAAUAAAUAAAAACGUGAUCUUUGGCUGGG